CUCGUUCUCGUGGUGCUCGUCAACUUGAUUUCAAUUGUGAUCGUGUGUCCUCUCGUGCAAGCCAGGAGUGUGGAUUCAUUUACUAACGACGUUUGUCGGCUUGUCCUAGUCCUUGUGCCACAAGUUGUGGUCGUUUCGUCGGACUCCACGCAGAAUACAGGCUAAUAUGCCCGAACCUCUUCUAUGUGUGUUUCGUGUCUCCAUCUCGUCGACGUGCUCAACACAGUAACAUCAUCUGCAAGUCGUGCAGCGGUUCCACCUCGGAGACUCGACGUGAACCUGAACUCAUAAGACUGAUAUAAGUUGGAGUUGGUGCGGUGCGCGAAACAUUUACAUACACCAGCAACAGAUAAUGCGUCGAUACACCACAGCCGAGGUCACUCCGUGUGUGUUCCAAGAGAACUGCGACAAGCAGUUUUCUGUGAAAGAUCCGGUGGAUGAGUGCCGCAUUUUUGCGGGCGUUGUUUCCUACCUCUUGCGUCUCAUCAAGCGAGGCAGGCUUGACGCCGACGAUCUCGCCCAGAAUGCCAGCCGCGAUAACUUUGUUGUCCCCGAGCUACAACAACAUCAUGCUCAGUCUCCCAGCAUCGGCGUGAGCAUCAGCACCGCAAGCACCAGCACGCCGUCUUCGCUCAUGGGAGGUGUUUCUGGUGGUACAACUACUGAGAACAGGCUUUUUUCUUGUACCUCGAGUACUAGCGGUUCGGGCUCGGAACGCGAACGCCAGCAGCAAAACAACAAACGGGGCAGGGGUGCACCAAGCACCAGCAACCAGGACACGUUCGGAGGACGGUACGCGCUGCAGGGUCGUACUUUUGAAGGUCAGUUUUCCGCGCAGCUGCAGUCAAUGGAGCAAACCGCAACCGCUGCCACAGAGGACUCGCAAAAGAGGGAAUGGCUUCUCCACACCACGCAAAGCUGCUGCUUCUCCAUGACCAGCAUUGUCGCAGGGGUAAGUUGCAGGCUUACUGUGUAGCUUAAGUUCUUCAUUAGAUGGCCCAAGUAAGCAUCAAAUCUGAAAUCAUACUGGUCUUUAUAGGCACUUGAAUUACCAUAAUCGACCUUUAAACUGCCCCUGUCGACGACGGAUUUUCACAAUAGCGGGGGAGCACAAGAAUUAUUAUCCUCAACAGCUUAUCUACCUCACGCGCUUGCUGGAGGAGAAGCGAUUGGCUUUCGGCGAAAAGAGCUGGCAGGCGAUCUGGUGCUGCAUCAUGAUUCUGUCAGAAAAAUAUUGGGAAGACAAUUACAUUCACCCAGGACAUGUGCUCAACACGUUCGGCUUCGGAUCUGGUAUCUUUCCAUUGAGUUAGGUUUUUGGCGACUCCGAUGAGCAGAUCGUGCUUGUUCAUAGUAUGCCUUGUCAUGUUGGUUGUUCCUUCUGCUUUUGGUCUUAAUUCUCGCUCUUCGCAAGUACAGGCCGUGAAAUAAAUGCUGCGUUCGUUUUCCAGGUAAGCGAAUGAUGCUACGGAUGCAGAUGUGGCUGCUCGGCGCACUUCGGUGGAGCCUUACUGUGCCCGAACCGGAUUACGAGCGGAUGCUGCACAAACUACGCGAGGAGGGAACCAGCUUCAUACAAUCCCGCAACGCGGGCGAGCCACCGUCGAAUCUUUCGGUACUCGUCGAGCGGCCGCUUCCAAAAUCCGCCGGCAUCGAUGCGCAGAAGUUGCGCGAGCCGCCACCCGACAUGCCCUUGCCGCAACAACCGCAUGUCGCUACACGCAUGCAGCUUCACGCACAGCAGCAACUGCUGCAAUACCACCUGCCAGCAGUCGGGGCAGGCAUGGUGCACGGUGGGGGAACGUCGGGAUUUGCCGGAGGAGGUCCUAAGGCACACAAUCAACACGGAGGGCAAAGUACUAUUCGGCGUCAGUCUAAAUUGAGUUGACCUAGAACUUUUUUCUACCACUUAUAUCGCUCCGUUUUGUAACUAAUUUCAAUUUGGUGGUCUACUCUCGUGUCGGAGUCGGAGUACAAUAAAGACGAAGAGGAUUCUUAAUCAUCUGGCAUUGCAAUGUAUCAUGAUCAAGUUUUCGAAUUUUUGGUUUUCCUGUGACACGUUUUAUCGGGCGGCCGUGUCGUGAGUUUUUUCUGUAUGUAAUUUCGAUUUCAUGAUCCAAAAAAAAAAAAAAACGACAGAUUCGCUUCAGAGUGUGGCAGGUCAACCACAGGGUGUUGGUGCUGGUUUCGGGCACAACGGCAACCAGAGCCACAGCCACUUUGCGAUAUUCAACAAGCGACUCUACCCUGAACAGCAGCCCCCGCGGGCACCGUACUUUGUCUCUAACCAGUCACAGGAGCAAGCACAGCAGCAUUUGCAGCAUUCAGGAUACGGACAAAAAGGGGCGAAUGCAAACGGUACGCAGCAUAAUAUUGGCUUUAUUUUCAGUGUGUUGCUCGCCUUCGUUUUUCUUUCUUAUUCUUACAUGCAAAUGCGACUUUUAAGUUUAACGAUACACACGUCCAAUUUUGCAGGCGCACCCGGCGGAGGUGGAGGGUCGGGUGUUGGUAACUUCACCAAUACUUCGCAUCCGUACUUUCGCGACCAGUCGCAAAUGCAAUUGCACCCUCACACCGGGCAGUCACAAGGGACCCUGCAGCAGCAACAUCAGACCUUUCCUCUGAACACGCAGAACUACCCACCAAAUGAUCAGCACAUGCACUUUUCAUCACAUUCGUCGUUUCCAAGCCAGCAAGGCCACGGUCAUUACAAUUUGAUGAGCAAUUACCCCAACAAUGCGCUGAGCAACGGGCUGCACCACGCACCAUUUCCUUUUCUACCGCACGGCGCGGUAAACAACCUCUCUGCCGCGACAGCAGCACAGCAUAGCCUCUACAACGAAUACAUGAACCCGCAUAUAGCAGGCGCACUCAAUAGCGCGCACAGCAGCGGCGCCGCUGCGCAGAGCCACAUGCAUCAAGCUGCCUACGACCCGAACGCACAGUCGUUCUACCCCGGUGGAGUAGGCAGCCACGCAAAUAAUAAAAUGUAUUACGGUGCUGGGGGAGUUGGGAGCAACCCAGCAGGAACGAUAAUGAAUACAAACGGUGGUGCUGGAACUGGGGCAGGUUUCAACGUGGCGCUGUUCAAUCACGCGAAUAAUCGGGGCCGGUACCUUUUUGUGCUUUCUCUUUGUUUUGUCUGUUGGACUAAGACUUCGAUUUCGAAUCUAUUAUGGCAAUGCAGACACCACGAAAGGCAAUUUGGUGCAUACAUCAACAAAACAGGGCCUUCAAACCACGUAGCCGGCCUACUACUUCGCACAGUUACUUCGAGCACAAUGGCUAAUAGUUGGCCGACGGGUGCACUGAACAGGCGCAAAACUUGCAUUUCCACUUCCGAGACCGAGCUGCUGUGGCUGCCAGACCAACGACAGAAUGCUACAGAAACAAAGGUUAUUUGAGCUUUAUCAAGCAAAAUAAAGGCGACUCCUCGUAUAUGUUGCGUCAUCACGUCUUAGUCUUUGCUUCUGAAGUGCUUCUCUACCAAAAUGUAAAAAAUGAACUUCGUCCCUCCAUGUAAUACUGAUAUGAAUAUGUAGAGUCAAUCAGUUAGUGUCCAUCUAGGUGGCACCCAUAUCAAAUAAGCGUCUGAUCCGAUGCAUGCAUUCACAGGCAUGAUUUUGGUCAGGCAGCGUUUGUAAUUUUUCUCGAGGAACACUACCAGCUCCUUGUGCUUCUAGUGGCGCUUCUUGACGUAUCCAGUGCAAAAAUUUUCUUUGUAUCACAGUUUUCACCAAGGCAUGUACAAUGAACUCUCCUCUUCAACAGUCAUCAUGUAUCUACUAUUUUUUAGGUUGUAUAAAAAUGAACUUCUGCGUCGCUUCAUCUCUGUUUCUCGUUGUAAUUUUCGGAAAGCGACAAAAUCAACGUACACGAACUGUAGUCUUGUAGCUGCAAACUAUCGAAACUUUUCAUGUAUAGGAGCGGCACAACCUCCCCUCGCUUUGUAACUAUCUCUCACUCUCAUCCAGAAAGCUUCUAUCCCUCCACUGGAAAAGAGCACUGUAAAAUUUUUCUGUCCGUCGUGAUCUUCAUUUCUAUCCUAUUUGACAAGGCACUUCAGCAUCAAAUGCGGCAACACAAAGAGUGGG